AUGAAGCUGUCAGGUUCUCAGAUUGAAAUUCUUCUUAUUGCGAGUUUAGCAUUGCUAUGCUCAAGCUCAGCAAUAACUGUUGAUUAUGAUUCCAGUGCUGUUAUCAUCAAUGGUGAACGGAAAAUCAUUUUCGCAGGAGCAAUUCACUAUCCGCGUAGCACCCCUGAGAUGUGGCCAGAGCUAUUCCAGAAGGCCAAGGAAGGUGGCAUUGAUGCUAUUGAAACUUAUAUCUUCUGGGACCGUCAUGAGCCUGUCCGCCGGCAGUAUUAUUUCUCUGGGAAUCAGGACAUUGUAAAAUUCUUUAAGCUCGCUCAAGAUGCUGGACUUCACGUCAUUCUCCGGAUUGGUCCGUAUGUUUGUGCUGAAUGGUCAUACGGAGGCUUCCCCAUGUGGCUACACAACAUUCCAGGGAUUGAAUUGAGAACGGAUAAUGAGAUUUACAAGAAUGAGAUGCUAAUUUUUACCACCAAGAUCGUGGACGUGUGCAAAGAAGCAAAGUUGUUUGCACCACAGGGAGGGCCUAUAAUUUUAGCACAGAUUGAGAAUGAAUAUGGAAACGUUAUGGGACCUUAUGGAGACGCAGGGAGAAGGUACGUCAAUUGGUGUGCACAGAUGGCAGUAGGACAGAACGUUGGAGUCCCAUGGAUAAUGUGCCAGCAGUCUAAUGCUCCACAACCCAUGAUUAAUACAUGCAAUGGAUUUUACUGCGACGAGUUCAAGCCAAACAACCCGAAGAGUCCCAAAAUAUGGACAGAAAACUGGAGUGGAUGGUUCAAGCUUUGGGGUGGCAGAGAUCCAUAUAGAACUGCUGAAGAUUUGGCCUUUUCAGUGGCACGCUUUAUCCAAAAUGGCGGAGUCUUGAACAGCUAUUAUAUGUAUCAUGGAGGAACGAAUUUUGGACGCACAGCAGGAGGUCCAUACAUUACAACAUCAUAUGACUACAAUGCUCCCCUGGAUGAAUAUGGUAAUUUGAAUCAGCCCAAGUGGGGUCAUCUCAAGCAACUUCACGCAGCUAUCAAACAGGGGGAGAGAAUUCUCACUAAUGGCACCGUGACAUCCAAGAAUUUCUGGGGCGGGGUCGAUCAAACUACAUACACCAACCAAGGGACUGGAGAGAGAUUCUGUUUCUUGAGCAAUACAAACAUGGAGGAAGCCAAUGUAGACUUGGGACAAGAUGGGAAGUACUCCUUGCCUGAUUGGUCUGUUACUAUUCUUCAAGAUUGCAACAAAGAAAUUUACAACACUGCAAAGGUUAAUACCCAGACCUCAAUAAUGGUCAAGAAGCUACAUGAGGAGGAUAAACCAGUUCAUCUUUCCUGGACGUGGGCACCAGAACCCAUGAAAGGUGUACUCCAAGGAAAGGGUAGAUUUAGAGCCACCGAGCUUCUUGAGCAGAAAGAAACAACUGUUGAUACUACUGACUAUUUGUGGUACAUGACUAGUGUUAACCUUAACGAGACAACACUGAAGAAGUGGACUAAUGUGACCCUGCGAGUUGGCACAAGAGGCCAUACACUUCAUGCUUAUGUUAACAAGAAGGAGAUAGGAACCCAGUUUUCCAAGCAAGCCAACGGCCAACAAUCAGUCAAGGGAGAUGAUUACAGUUUUCUAUUUGAGAAGCCAGUUACUCUCACUUCUGGGACUAACACCAUAAGCUUACUCAGUGCCACUGUUGGAUUGGCUAAUUAUGGUCAAUAUUAUGAUAAAAAACCUGUCGGCAUUGCUGAAGGCCCGGUCCAGUUGGUAGCAAAUGGGAAACCUUUUAUGGACUUGACGUCAUAUCAGUGGUCUUACAAGAUUGGGUUGAGCGGUGAGGCCAAAAGAUACUAUGAUCCAAAUUCGCCACAUGCCAGUAAAUUUACUGCCAGUGAUAACCUUCCUACCGGAAGAGCCAUGACAUGGUACAAGACCACAUUUGCCAGUCCUUCAGGUACUGAACCAGUAGCGGUAGACUUGCUAGGCAUGGGCAAAGGGCAUGCCUGGGUGAAUGGAAAAAGCCUUGGUCGCUUCUGGCCUACGCAAAUUGCUGAUGCCAAAGGAUGCCCUGACACUUGUGACUACCGUGGAUCUUAUAAUGGUGAUAAAUGUGUGACGAACUGCGGCAAUCCUUCUCAAAGAUGGUACCAUAUCCCAAGGUCAUACCUAAAUAAGGAUGGCCAAAACACCUUGAUAGUGUUUGAGGAAGUGGGCGGGAACCCUACAAAUGUGUCGUUCCAGAUUGUUGCUGUGGGGACAAUAUGUGGAAAUGCAUAUGAAGGAAGCACAUUAGAAUUGUCAUGCGAAGGUGGCCGAACAAUCUCAGACAUUCAAUUCGCCAGCUAUGGAGACCCUGAGGGAACAUGCGGCGCAUUCAUGAAGGGCUCUUUCUACGCCACUCGCAGUGCGGCGGUAGUGGAAAAGGCAUGUGUUGGGAAACAGAGCUGUGGAAUUCUUGUAUCAGGUGAAACAUUUGGGUUAAAGAAGCGUUCUGACAUUGCCAAUAGGCUGGCGGUGCAAGCUGUCUGCACUGGGUACAUUGACAACGAUCUCGAGUCCCUAAAGAAAAAGAAUAACAACUCAGAACAAUAA